CCCAGUAAUUGACUACGCAAAGCUGAGAGACUUGUGCAGAAUUACUCAACUAAAUGAAAGUUGCAUUUCUACUGAAGAGGCCCAUAAAAAAUUCAUGAAUUCUUAUCAAAGAAUAUUCCUGCGCCCUCAGACAUCUUUACCGAGAGCACACUGUAAGAGCAGAAUACAAUCUCCAGUGAGGCUGAGAGUAUCUGAGUCCAUUCAGGAGGUCAUCAGACAUCAGCCACAUGGAAAACUGGCCCAGGAGUCACUCAUAAAUCAUGUUAUCAAAGCCCUUAAGAAACUCCCUGUUGAGAGAUCCCAGGCUGAGCAUCAUGUAAUUUAUAAACUGCUGAAGGGAAUCGACAGUCUGACAUUUCAACUGAGCCCGCAGGAGCUAAAACAGAUCAGUACCAUCGCCACCAUUGAGACCUGGGAUCGAGGACAGAUCAUUUUUGGACAUAAUAGAUUUUACAUUGUUCUGAAGGGUUCAGUGAAACCAUACAACCAUGAGACCCUUAAAGAAGAUCAGAGAGUAUCUAUGAUUACCGUUGGAGGUUUCUUUGGGUCCUUUGGCUCUAUAAAUGCUGUAGAUGGUGGUGCCAUCGUCCAGUGUGUCCUAACUCUUGAGAGUUGCAAGAUUCUCAAAAUAUCUGGCACUUGCUAUGAGAAGCUGAAAAAGGACAUCUUGGCACAGGAUCAUGCCUUUAAAGUGUCUUUGAUCCAGGCUUGCCAGCUCUACCUUCAUUGGCAUAAGUUCUCCAUUAACCACCUAGCCAAUGCCAUGCACCUAAAAACAUUUCCUGCUAAUCAAGUGCUGGUGAAGGAAGGGGAGGUUUGUCCAUUUGUGGUCUUCAUUGGACGUGGAGAAUGUAACAUCCUUCAGGACGUGGGUUUGCUAAUGAAACCCAUGGACAAAAAGAGCUGCAGAAUAAAAUUUGUGGUGGUUGGUAAACUGGGUCCAAAGCAGUCAUUUGGAGAGGUCAGCAUCCUACUGCACAAGCCUUCCCCCUGUACUGUUAUCACUGCUACUGAAGUUCAUGGUGGAAUCAUCCAACCAGAAGCUCUUAAAGAGCUGGACCAAGUGACUACCUCUCUUAUACUGCAGACAGCUCAACCCAUAUGUGGAAAGCUCAGUGAGGAGGAAGUCAUGAAGGAGUUCCUGACACAGGAGAGGAUGAAGAAAUGGGAACAUGAGAAGAGAAAGAUACUUUCUGAUGCUCUGUUUCAUAAUGGUGUUCAUCCCGGAAGUGGCAAAUGGACGUAUAACAGAGGUCCUAGAAGAGUUACUGGGAUGAUCAAGAAGUUCAUAUGAAUAUUAGCAAAUAACACAUACACCAGAGUUGGAGUCUUGAUCUUGUGCCCUUGGUGUUGAGACUUCUCAAGACCACAUACUCUGGUCAACAUAGCCUUUGUUUGGGUCUCAAAACUUAAUGGAUCUAGACUGCUGCCUAUUUCCAUUCCAGUAAAGCUGAUAAUUACCUCAACCACCAGCUCGGUAUCUUUAACAGUUCCAAGACUCUCAACGGCUACUUGGCCACUUUCCAAAAUGGCUCUCUCUGUUUCAGUUUAUUAAACUGGACAGCCUGGUUCCUGGACCAACAGGUCUGGGUCUUGGAGGGUCUGGUCUUGACUCCAGCUUUGAUACACAUGCUUAUACAUACAUACAUACACACACACACAUAGACGUAUCCAAACAUUUCUACUGUUAAUGUAGAAGAAAACCAGGACUCUGAAUCCAAGGGAAUUCAGUGUCCAAAUCUUUAUCUCCGGUUUUUGCUGGAAAUGAUGAUUUGGAUCCCAUACUCUGCACUUUAGAGACACAGAUACAGAGAGACUAGAACUUAUGCAUCUAUUUUCAUCUGCAGAAAAAUCUGCAUUUUAAGAUCUACUUUUUCAAAAAAAGUUAAGUUUUGACAAUGCACAAUUUUUCCUCAAUGCUUAUGUGAACCACAGGGAUUUUGUACCAUUUACCAAAAAAAAAAAAAAAUAUGCAAACAUAAGGUUGCAAUUAAAUCAACUUUGAUUGACUAAAUGAGAUGCCCAGGUGCUUCUGCUCAGCACAGCCAAGGAAUCAAACCUGUGGGUGGCCACCGAUCCACAAAGACCCAAUCACUUCACCUACAAAUCCACAAAGAUCUAGCCAUCACUUACUAACACUGGCAAUAAUUCUUAACUCUUUUGUUCUUCGCCAUCUCUGUAACCUUUCAAAUGAAGCUUUGUGCUCCUUUCUCACAAAUUCUUAUGUCAUAGACCCCCAGUGACAAAAGAGCAAAUAAGCCCCUGUCAGUUGCUAUUCAAACAAUUGCAAUUUACUCAAGCAUGUGUGUGUGCAUAUGUUUCAUAAUGUGUGCAUUUACAUGCACAACAAUACACUGCUGCCUAUCAAAAUCGGCUUAUUUAAAAAAAAAAAAAUCCAACAAUGUAAAAAAACAAACAUUUACAUGACAUUCAAAAUCAUUGGGCUAUUCUCUGGUUUUGGCAUUGAAACAUAAACCGGCAUGCACACAUUACUGUAUAUGAGCAGGUAAAAACACUGGUAAAGGUGUUUAAAUGCAGAGUUAAAAUCAGGGUAAAAAUCUAGGCAAACUUCUAUGUUUGCCAAUCAGUUGGUACUUAAAUAGUUUAUGAUCUUGCCCUAAGAAUGUCUAGAUUUUUCCUCUGUUCCAUGCUUGUUAGGUUGGCCAUGAUGUCAUCUGGCUGAAUAUUUGGAACGGAGUGCUCAAAUCAUAAUGUAAACAAGUGAAAAGGUAUUUUUAAACAUCAACAUAUCAAAAACAAUGGCAGGAGUUUAAAUUAUUUCAUGGUCUUUACCAGACUGUCAUGUCACGCAUGCAUCCUAUAAACUUUGAGGAUUUAGUUUUUCAGCUAAAUACUGUUGCAGCUGCCUUUUGUCAAAUCCCAUCUAACAGGCCUUGAAUUAAUGAAUUUGUAUGGAAACUGCGAGCCUAGAAUACUUUAAUUCUGUUAAGGUUCAGGGAACUUUAGGUGCCCCAGUUGGGGAUGGCUAAUCUCAGAUUCCUGUUGGAAAACAGCUCUGAUCUUUUUAUAACCUAAAACACUUAUUUAGUCUAUGUCUGUCUUUAGAUGAUUGUGUCUGACCUUAGAUGACUGACCUUCCACAGUAGUUAUGCUUUUUUACCUCAAAAACAAUUUUUUUGUGAGGUUGUUCACAUCACUUUUAAAUGUGGCCUAUAUCAGACACUGUUAUAAACAUGCAAUGCUCCAAUAUUAACCCAGUUGUGUAAAACAAUGUUCUGGCAUGUUCAUUAUGACAUCAUCAACAGAUUUCUUCAUAUAAUAUUAUAUUUAAAAUAUCAAAUUGUGCUAUUUGAAGAACGUUGGACUUCCAGUCUUAUACUGUUUCUAUGCAUUAUCUUUAACAUUUUAAAUCCUGUUGUCACUUUCUUUUUCUACACAACAUUUGGAACUGUUGCACAUCACUAUACAUCGAUGAGCCAAAAUAUUAUGACCACUCACAGGUGACACAAACAAUGCUGAUCAUGUCCUAACAAGGCCACGUGUCAAGGUUUGGGCAGAUUAGAUGGUAAGCGAACAAUCAGUUCUCGUAGUCAACGUGUUAAAUGCAGGAGAAAUGGGCAGGAGUAAAGACCUGAGCGACUUUGACAAGAGCCAAAUUGUUAUGGCCAGAUGACUGGGUCAGAGCAUCUCCAAAAGGCUUGUGGGGUGCUCCCGGUCAGCAGUGGUGAGUACCUACCGACAGUGGUCCGAGGAGUGACAAACCACAAACCGGCGACAGGGUGUUGGGCGCCCAAGGCUCAUCGAUGCAUGAGGGCAACGAAGGCUAUCCUGUCUGGUCUGAACCGACAGAAGGUCUACUGUGAAACACGUCACAGAAAAUGUUAAUGAUGGUUACGGGAGGAAUGUAUCACAACAAACAGUGUAUCGCACCCUGCUGCAUAUGGGGCUGCAUGGCCGCAGAUCUGUUAGAGUGCCAAUGAUGACCUCUGUCCACCAUCGAAAGUGCCUACAAUAGGCACGCAGGUGUCGGAACUGGACCUUUGAGCAGUGGAAGAAGGUUGUCUGAUCUGAUGGGUCCCAUUUUCUUUUAUAUCAUGUGGACAACCGUGUACUUGUGUGCCGUAUACCAGGGGAAGUGAAGGCACCAGGAUGCACUGUGGGAUGACGACAAGCCGGUGGAGGGAGUGUGAUGCUCUGGGCAAUGUUCUGCUGGGAAACCCUGGGUCCAGCCAUUCAUGUGGAUGUCAAUUUGACACGUGCCACCUACCAAACAUCGUUGCAUACGGCCCUGAUUGCAGUGGCCUCUUACAGCAGGAUAAUACGCCCUGCCACACUGCACACAUUGUUCAGAAAUGGUUUGAGUAACAUAAUGAAGAGUUCAAGGGGUCAAUUUUGGCCUACGAUAUCUAUGAUAUGUGUGUGAAUUGCAGUUGCUGUUUUGAAUGCUUAACUUUCAUUAAACACCUCUAGAUAUAAAAUAAACAUAAACAGGUCAUGUUUCAAAAUUAAAUGUCAAAGUUCUUAAGGUCAUGGUUUUUCCAUGCUAAUGUAAGAAUACUCUUGGAGGUGAACAUUCAUGGCAAUAUUUUGGCAGGUGGAGUGUUCGUAUGUUUCCGUAUUAUGUGUUUGUUUGGGAAAGGUCACGUGACUACCAAAGAGAAAAAGGUGCCCGUAUGUGACUAGAGAGGACAAGAGGAUGAUUUUUUUUUUUUUUUAAAGGUUAACACACUUCAAAUGACCUCUGACCCUUCUGCUGACCUGUGUUUUUUUUUUUUCAUUACUGAAAUUAACCUUACAAAAAAGUA